AAGGUGAAUAAUUUUGAAGGCAAAAAAAGACGUGUAAAUUGGGGAACAUGAAUAGUCACCUAAAAACGGAAAAAUUACACAUCAAUGCAUUCAUAUUAUACGCAAAAAUCGAACCACGUUAAAUUUGUAUGUUAGUGUAUCUUCAUAGUUAUUAUUAUUAAGUUUAAUUCUACACUACUCGAGUUUUUGAUUAGUUAGUAUGAAUUGGGCAAAAUUUGUAGUUAAUUAUUGUGGACAAGUGAUGAAUUUUGUUGGGCAACUGCUACUGAAUUCGAUAAAUUUUGUUGGGCGGUUGAUACUGAACCUGGUAAAUUUUGGUGGGGAACUACUAAAUUAUGGGGCGGAGUUGCUAUCGAAGGUGUUAAAUUUUGUUUUGGGGUUGAUACUGAACCUGGUAAAUUUUGGUGGGAAACUACUAAAUUAUGGGGCGGAGUUGCUACCGAAGAUGUUAAAUUUUGCUGGGCAACUGAUAUUGAACCUGGUAGAUGUUGUUGGAAAACUGGUACUGAAUCUGGUUGAUCUUGCUGGGGAACUAUUGAAUUUUGUUGCGGAACAGUUACCAAAACUGGUAAAUUUUACUGGAAAACAGGUAUUGUACCUGAUAGAUUAUAGUGGGGAACUGCUGAUGAAGCUGAUAGAUUUUGGUGGGGAAUGGCUAUCGAAGCUGGUAAAUUUUGGUGGGCAAUUGAUACUGAACCUGGUAAACUUUUGUUGGGAAUUGGUACUGAAUUUGGUUAAUUUUGCGGGGCGAUUGCUGAUGAAUUUAGUAGAUUUUGGGUGGGAACUGAUAUCGAAGGUGGUAAAUUUUGGUGAACAGUUGCUAUCGAAGCUGUUAAAUAUCUGUUGGCAACUGAUACUGAAUCUGGUAAAUUUAGGCCGGGAAGUGGUAAAUUUUGGUGUGGAACUGGUAAUGAAACUCAUAAAUUUUGGUGGACUAGUGUUAAUGUGGCUCAAAAUUUUCAUUUGGCAAGUGCUACUGACGGUUAAGAAUUUUGGUUGGCAAGUGCUAGUUACACUGAAAAGAUUCAGCCUUUUCAGCCUGCAAGCAUUAGUUACGCUGGAGAAGUUGUGUGGGCAAACACUCGUGAAUUGGUUUGAAAGGAUCAAUCACUGGUUUCACGUAGCUUUACCCUAUCUCAUAAUUAUCGUGUUGUUUCUAGCUAUCUUCGUGUAUUAUUGCUACUGCGAAAGAAGAUUACUGCUCAAGGAAGAAGAAGCGAGGAAGGUGAAGUUGCAAAAAAAAGAAAAGGCUGAAAGUGAUCGUUUAUCAGAACUCGAGAAGAGAAAGAAGAAGCGUUUGGAGGAAAUGAGAGAAACUAAAAGGAAGGACGUUGAGAAUAUGAAAUUGAAAGAGAAUAUACGAGCCAAAGUUGGAAAGGAACUCAGUAUGCUUGAAACGACAUGCCAUGAUAUGGCUUCAGUGCUGCGCGGAUUGGGAAUCAGUGUUGGUGGUGGCACUAUUCAUGAGGUUCGCGUUGCUUACAAAAAAGCACUGAUGAAAUUUCACCCGGAUAAAUCUUCAGGAUGUGAUAUAAGACAGCAAGUUGAAGCUGAGGAGAAAUUUAAGUUUAUUUCUCGAAUGAAGGACAAAUACGUACCAAAUUUAUGACAGGAAAAUGAUUAUAGUUUACGAAUGGAAAUAUUGUGUGUAGACAUUUCAAUGUGAACAGCUGCACUCAAAUGCAGAGCAGGGUUUUAUUUCCA